AUGUCACUUUAUCGCAAAACCUUCUCUGUGCAAAAUGAUUAUCGUUUCUCUAAACAGAAGCAAAUGGUCAAGAGCUCUGUAGAAGUUGUGACAAGAAUUGGGAAUUAUACCAUUCAGGGGAAUUUUGCUAUUGACAACACUACUGGUAAAGACACUACCAUUACGUUCAACUACAUGUACAUGUAUAUGUCCCAGCAACCUUGUUUGGUUGAGAUUCGUCUCCAGAAACCUGAUGGAUCGGUUAUCGACAAGAAUGACACAGAAAACUAUCAAGCUAACAAUGAAAGUCAGAUCAUUCAGAUAGACAUCCCUGGAAUAGCAUUGGAAGGCGAGUGGAAUUACACGAUUUUCUGUCCCUGCAACACGUCAGUCCUGGUUAACGUACUCUCGAAACCAAUUGGUGACAAGGAGGCAAUAAGAGUUCAACCUUGGUUCGGAGACAAGAAUUCUUCCCUUGAAUCUAAUCCAGGUGCAGAAAAGUCUAUCUAUGCUAAGGUAUCGCAAGGUUACACCCCAGUCAUUGGCCUGAAAGUUACUGGAGUUAUAGAAGGCAGCACUAAGGAAGGCUUUAAGACGAUAUAUGUUGACCUACAAGACAACGGAAUUGCGACUGACUUGCUUGCAAAUGAUGGCAUAUAUUCCGCCAAGUUUGGCCGGUUUGUUGUUAACGAUGAGGGCCGAUACAGUGUCACGAUCCAGGUUGACAAUCCUAACAACACCGCCAAGAUUGCCAAGUAUUCAUACAUCAUGGUAUCCGGUGCAGCGAGUAUUGGAACAGAACCUGUUAAACCUAUUGCAACAUACCAAGCUGUUGGACCAAUACAGCGUGUUUCGGCCGCUGGGGAACUGAGGGUUGAACGUCCAGAUUACGCCAUUCCAGUGGAUGUCAUUCCCCCGCCAAGGAUUAGAGACCUGCAGCUCGUCCGUCUUGAUAUUGAAGAGGCCAAGGUGACUCUGAAAUGGACUGCUGUUGGCGACGACGUCAGCCAUAGUAGCAACACAAAAUAUGACCUCCGCUUGGGAACGUUUGAAGAGGUCAGUGAGAGGUUCGAAAACAGCUCUCAGAUCCAUUUGCCGGUUACCCCAAGGAAAGCUGGUGAAGGAGAGGAGCAAGAGAUAGACAUGGCAGACUACAACAAGACCGCAACCUACUUCUUAGCCAUCCGUGCCAUAGAUGCGGCGGGCAAUAAGGGCGAUCCAUCUAACAUCAUCAGUCUCUCAAUGACUCUUCCAACCAGGUUUUCUAAUGGGGAUCCAAUUGUAACUAAAUUGCCUAAAUUGCCACGGGCCGUAACACCACCGCUGCAGAUGAUGAUCAUACUCGCUUGUGUGGGUGCUGGUGCAGUCAUUCUUAUGUCCGUGAACGUUGGGGUUGUCUAUUACUACAAGAAGAGGAGGAAUUUGAAGACAACUCCAGCCGGCAUGGCCGGGGAGCAACGGGAUGUCAUCAACGCUGAGAAGGGUGGAUCGGCUGCAAACUCUCCACAGGCUGAUCAGAAAGGACAGGAAGCGCCUAUUUACCAUGUAGGGCAGGAAGGAAUUGCACCACGACCGUCUGCCUAUGACAACAUGGGUUUCGGAAAGGUUGCUAAUCUCGUGAAGCAGUUUGAGGUGUUGUAAUGCGACCCACAGCCAUGUACAUAAUGUAAACACUAUAGUACAAUGUCAAUGCACGUGUCAUAUAUCAUGCAACUAUAUACAUGUAGAGCUAAGCAGUCGACCAUGAAUUGGGAGCAGCUCCCAUUAAGUUUUUUACUCACUUUAUAAUUGACGCAUAGCCUAUAUAGCCGUUUCGUACAUGAACAUGAUUUUUUUCGUACGAUUUGAACGAUUAGACAGGAAAAAUGUUUUAUUUAUUAUAAUUAGGAACAUCCCAGGAAAGUUUGCAAGUAAACUAUUGCGUUUAUGCAUAUGCAAAAUGCCGUUAGUGCAAGUGGAAAGCUGAGAAAACAAUCUGUCCAAUCAUAUCACCCAGUGUACGAUUGCUGUUGUAACAGAAAAGCAUACGCAAUUUUUUUUUGGCAGUCCUGAGCAAAAGUAGCCGAGCAUAGAUUAUUCUUUCACUAUUUAGACAGUGUUUUUAAAGUUGGGAACUUUUUAUAGGUGAACUUUUUAAAGUUGAACUUUGGAACUUUGGAACUUUAAAAUCUAGCUGAAAUUGUUCCAAAGUGUUGUGGCGAAACUGAAUCAUCUUCGUUGCUUACAUUUCUAUCUAGGACGACGAGGUCCUCAUUGAGUUUUAUUCACUUUUGCUACUGGCCAAGUGUUUUCUAGUGUUUACCUGAUUAUCGGCAUUACUGCACAUGCUCAGUAGGUUUUCGCCACCUGGGUACAGGUAGCAGA